CCAUAUAAAGCUCAUGGGGUAGAACAUCAAACGUCGUACCAUGUUCUGCCAUUGAUAUUUCUUAGCUAUAUCUCUGAUCGUCUGUUUCCAUUGUCAACCAAAUCCCAAAGCCAAAUAUGGCUGAGGCCCUCAUUUCCGUGCUUCUUGAACAACUGAGUUCAAUAACUUAUGAAUACAUGAGAGCAAAGGUGAGAUUGAUUUUGGAUGUAGAGAAAGACGUUGCAGAGUUCACCAGCAAUCUCAAAGCAAUUCAAGCUGUACUUAAGGACGCAGAGAAGAGGCAAGUCAAGGAAGCUGUGGUGCAAGAUUGGUUAGACAAGCUCAAACAAGUGUCGUACGAGAUGGACAACGUACUUGAUGAGUGGAACACUGAAUCUCUAAAACAACAAGUUGAGAAGCAAGAAAAUGAAGGUGAGAAUACUCUUGUUAAUAAGGGGAAAAAGGUGCGUUUCUUCAUUCCCUCUCCCUGUAAAUGCUUUGGCUUUGGCCAAGGGGUUUUUGUUCAUCAUGCCAUUGCUAUGAAAAUAAAAGAACUGAAUAGUAGGCUAACUUCGAUUGCUGAGGAAAGACAAAGGUACCGGUUUCAAUCCACAACAAUUAGUGGCAUUGAACAACCUGAACGACCAAAGAGUUCAUCUUUGGUCGAUGUAUCUAAGGUAUUUGGUAGGGAAGAUGAAAAGCGUACUUUGAUAAGCAUGUUAUUGGGUAAGAGUAGUGGUAAUGAAAAGUUGGGGCCCCUAGUCAUCUGUAUUAUAGGGAUGGGGGGCAUCGGCAAGACCACUCUUGCACAACUAGCCUUCAACAAUGAAGUUGUUAAAGCCCAUUUUCAGAAUAGAAAAUGGGUUUGUGUCUCAGAUCCUUUCGACGUGAUCAAGAUUGCCGAAGCCAUCAUAGAUAAGGAUCAUGCCCCAACUUCAGAUGAGUUGGAUGGUUUCAUGCAAUCUGUGUCUGAAUCUGUCGAGGGAAAGAGGUUUCUUCUGGUCCUAGACGACGUCUGGACCGAAGAUGAUACAAAGUGGGAACCAUUAAGGUUAGCUUUAAUGUCUGGUGCUGAAGGUAGUAGAAUAUUGGUGACCACACGAAACAAAGCAGUUGCUCGUAUGAUGGGAGCAACCACUCAAAUUAUCCAUUUGGAAAAGUUGAGCGAUCAGCAUUGUUUCUCAUUAUUCUAUCACCUUGCAUUUCUUAAUAGGGAAAAAGAUAAGUCUGAUUUGUUUGAAGCCAUUGGUAAGGAAAUUGUUAAGAAGUGUAAGGGUUCGCCACUUGCCGCAAAGACUUUAGGUAGUCUUAUGUGGAAUAAGAAAACAACGAAAGAAUGGUGUGCUGUUUUGGAGAGUGAGAUGUGGGAUUUAGAAGAGGUGGAGAAGAAAGUUUUUCAACCGUUAUUACUAAGUUAUUAUGACUUGGCAUCAGAAAUCAAGCGUUGUCUUCUAUUUUGUGCAUGUUUUCCACAAGAUUAUCGAUUCUAUAAAGACACGUUGAUUGAGUUGUGGAUGUCACAGAAUUAUUUCACUUCAAAAAGAAACAAGGAGAAGAGAACUAUAGGUCAAGACUAUUUUGAUAACUUGGUAACGCGGUGUUUCUUUCAAGACUUUGAAUUAGAUGAUAAAGGGAACAUUAAAUCUUGCAAGAUGCAUGAUAUUGUGCAUGAGUUUGUAAAGUUUCUUGCCCGGAAUGAAUCUUUGAUUAUUGAGGCUGAUGGUGCUAACCGAUCAACAGAGCUCUCAACUGAUAAGGUGUGCCAUUUAUCUCUAGUGUCAGUAGAGGGUCGAAUUUCAGUUCCUAUUUCAUUUCACAAAUGCACAAAUCUGCGAACCCUCACAACUUAUAAUUCAGGAAUCACAACAAUAGGUGGGGAUUUAGUUUUGCAAUUGAAAUGUCUUAGGACGUUAAAUUUGAGUGAUAGCGAGGUCCAUGAACUUCCCAAGGAGAUUGGUGAACUGUUACAUUUGAGGUAUAUUGAUUUGUCUCAUAAUAACAGUCUAGAGGAAUUACCUGACGCCAUGUGUAAUUUGUUCAAUCUUGAAACCUUGCACAUUGAGUAUUGCGGAUCACUUACAAAACUGCCCAAGGCUAUGGGAAAGUUAAUCAACUUAAAGCAUCUUUAUGUUGCUGGUUGUAGAAGGCUAGAGUACUUGCCGAAAGGGAUUGGGAGAAUAAGAGGUCUACGUAUACUAGAUACGUACACUGUUGUCUGUGGUGGUGGUGACGACGACGGCAAUGAAAUACUGAGGUUGGGAGAUCUGGCAAUCUUUGACCAGCUUCAGGGCAAGAUUGUAAUUCGAGAUUUGGGGAAAGUGAUCGAUGCUAGUGAGGCUCAGAAAGCACAAUUGGAGAAGAAGAAACACCUCCUUGAUUUGGUAUUAGAUUUUGAGCUAGGAGAAGACUCAGAAGAGGAGCGCCGAAGAAAAAGCGAUGUAGAGGUACUGAAUGCCUUGCAACCACAUCAAAAUUUGGAAUAUUUGGAGAUUUCUGACUAUGCAGGCACCACGGUGUCUCCAAAAUGGUUGAUGUCUUUACACCAUUUGAGAUUUCUUACUCUUGAUGGUUGCCAUAAUUGUGAAAGUUUGCCUCCUCUCGGGAGAUUGCAAUCUCUUGAAGUUCUGGAAAUAGUUGGCAUGAGAGUGGAAAAGGUUGGAAUUGAUUUCUUGGGUAUAGAAGAAACUCAAACAUCACCUGUUACUGCUUUCCCAAAAUUGGAAAAACUCUCCCUUCUGACGAAGGGGUGGAAAGAGUGGGAAGGAGUGCGAGGUUGCAUGCAACUGAUGCAAGAAGAUUGUCAAGUUGCAAUAAUGCCGCAUCUUUCUGACCUACGCAUCGAGUCAGAAAGCCUAAAACAACUGCCAGACUUCCUGCAGAAUAGACCGCACCUCGAUUUGACGUGGAUACCAAUCGACCGUGAACGUAAGAGUGUGGAGAAGAGGGCUGUGUUAUGGGCCAUCUGCGCUCACGCACGGAAUAUAAGGGCCGCUCGUCUUUUUGUUGAGGGAGGGAUCACGCAGGCGGAAAAUGCUACAAGUUGAUGAAGCCCGAUGUAUCAAGGUUGAGACACAAGAUUCCUAUUUUGUGUUCAAGAUUCAAUUUCAGUCGAUCAAUCCCUCCCUAUGAUGUUCCAUAACAGAGGACCUCUACCAAAUCUCAUCCUCUCCUUCUG